AUGGACACGUCUGUAGCGGUUAACUCAUUGAGGGCACAGUUCCUGAAAGUGUGUCCUGAGAGAGAUCAAGUUAGGAGGAUAGUCAAACCUUACGACUCAAAGAAUCACAAUAAUUAUACGCUGGAUGAUAUAGAUGAUAAAGUUAAAGAUAUGUAUAGGAACAACAAUGGAACGUACAUGUUACCUGAGCUGGAAUCAUUACCUAUUAUGACCAAUUUCUUAGAAGAUUAUAUUACGACAAGAAAGAUCAGAAAUGCAAAGGCUAAUAACAAAAAUAAUAAUAAUGGUAGUAGUAAUAAUAUUCAUGAUGAAGAUAUACAAGGACAAGAAACCCUCACUAAGAAGUCCCAGUUGAUGGAUGAUCCAUCUAUCUUAAGAGGAGAUAGUAUGUUAUUUAAUCCACAAGAGGUCGACAGACUUACAUCUGACAAUACUAAAUUAAACAACAAUUAUGGUCGAAUUAAUGGAAAUAAUGGAGUUCCUCAGUUUGCUUCGGUAACUUAUGACUCAGAUGAUUCCGAUUCUGAAUCCCAAACUAAACAUAAGAUAUCUGCUUUACCUUUUACUCGAAUCUUUAAAGGUAAUAAGAAGGAUCCCAAUGGUAAGAAUACAACAUCUCGCACUACAUCGAUAACUUCAAAUUCAACGAGAGGAACUGCCACAACUAGUAAUUCCGCUGCUGCAAUUGCUCAAAAGAAAUUGAAGAAGCAUUCCAAAUAUUCUAUGAAUUUUGAUUAUGAUGAUAUUUUAGAUGAGGAUCUUGAAGAUGAAGGUGAAGAUGAGGAAGAGAACAAUGAAGAUAAUCAAUUAAAAUCACAAUUUUUCCAAUUGGAUAGAUCUACAUCAGCAUUGAAUGAUAAUACUAAUUCUAAUACCAAUACCCAUGGACCAACAAAUAAUGGUAACUCAAAUAUUGCUGUUGAUAAAUUGAAAAUUGGAACAAAAGCAUUUAGUUUAGAUAGAAGAUCAUUAUUAGAAAAUGCAUUUUCUUUGCCUAAGGACAAUGAUGUCCAUAUUAGAUCGGAUAAUAGUGAUCACUCGUUAAGUAAUACUAGCCAACAAGGAAAUAAUACAAACGAUACUGUUUCUACAAGUGGUAAUAUCAUUAAUGUAUCGAGACUUAAGUCUCAUCUCCCACAAAUUCCAAUUCUUGAUAGUUCACGGAAUAAUGGCAACUCAAACAUUAAUAAUAAUAAUGGUAAUGGUAAUACCUCUAAAAACGCUCAAUCUGAUAAGGAACUUAAUAAAAAUUCAAAAAGUGAUAGUAAGAUUGGAGAUUCUGAUUUAUCUGAUAUUGAGUCCUUCAUUAAAGAAGAUGAUUUAAAGAGUAUAAACUUGGAUCAUCAUAAUUCAAAUAAUAAUAAGUCAAUGGCGUCGAGUCCCAUUGAUUCAAAGCCUGUAGCUUACGCACACAGUGUAGGUAUGGUUCAUAGCGAAGGGUUAUCCGAAGAUGAUGACAUUGAAGAUGGAGAUAGUAAUAUGCAUCAUACCCAGGAUAGUACCUCUGAACAUCAUGAUCUAAGUGAAGUUUCUUCCUUCGGUAAAUCGUUGUUGGAAUCAGAAUAUACAAGUAAUGAAUAUUUGAAAACUGAAAAUAGUGAUAGUGCGACGGAUCAUAUGUCGUUAGAUACAGAUAUUGUACAUCAUACAAUAUCAUCACAUUCUAUCCCGUUAUCAUUUGAAGGGUACGGUUUAUAUCAAGGUGCAAAUGAUUCUACAUUAAACAACGUGUUAGAUAGAGCAGUUACAAAGAUUAAGUCGAAUGCGCCACAUAUAGGUCGUGAUAGAGCCAACUCAGCUACUUCGAGGAGAAACUCGAUAACACAAGUUCUAAACUCAAAGCGUGCUUCAUUAACUUCAAACCCAAUGAUGAAACAAAACGUCUUAAGACAUCAUUUAAGAUCAACCUCUAACAAUGCUGCGGAGAAUAGCAAAUAUUCAGGAGUAUAUGGAUCAUCCCUUCACAAAAAUAAAACUUUGUUGAAGAAUGAACCUCUCUCAAAGGCCCCUGUACCAUCUCGAUCAUCAAGUCGUACUAGUAGAAGAAGUUCAAGAGAUAUUUCAUUACAUUUUGAAAAGAUACCCACCUCUCCUAUACCAAAAACUACUAAUUCACACCUAUCAUCAUUAUUUAAUAAGAAAAAGCAUAAAGUUACCAAUCCUGUUGAGGUAUUAGAAUACUUUUCAUUUGUAUCUGGUAAUACUGUUCCUAGGUUUGAUGCAAUGGACUUAGAAGUAUACAUUCAAUUGUCGAAAAAAUACAAAAGAAAUUCAUUUAAAACCAAAGUUAGAAAGACAGCCAAGAUAUUCGAUGUAAUUGGAUAUAUUCUUUAUCUUUACACUACGGAAUUUAAACCAGAUAAUAUGGACCAGGACGGAUUGGAUAUGCGUAUUUUGAUCAAUCCAAAUAAUUUCGCAUUACACAUUGUUGAUGAAGACGGUGAACCAUUUGAAGAUAAUUUUGGGAAGUUGAAUAGAACAAGUACGAUGCAAUCUAUUUCAGAUAAUGAGAUUGUACUUUGCAGAGUUGGUGAAGAAGAAAAAUUAAAAAACGAUGAGGAUACCCCAGUUCCUUAUGAUGUUAAUGGUGAUGUAAUUGAAUAUGCAAAGUCAAUAUCAUCUAAGGCCUCUGGAGGUACUAAUAAUGAAGACAACACACUAAACCAAUUAAGUUUCUACAAACCUAUUGUUGGUGGUAAUGUCGAUGAUCUAGCAAAUAACGCGAAUAGUUCAAAUGUUCUAGAGGUUACAGUUUACAAAUAUCCAAACAUCAAUCCAAAAUUUAAUUUCACUACCAUUAAUGUACUGGUCACUGGUAAUAUUAACGAUAUCCUAGUAAAAUAUUGUAGGAUGAAGAAUAUGGAUCCAAACGAAUAUUCUUUGAAAAUGAUUGGAAAAAAUCGUAUAUUUGAUUUAAAUGAUACCGUUUUGAGACUGGAUGGUAACAAUAAAGUGGAGAUAAUAUCCAAGAAAGAGGCUCGUAGAUUACAACUAGAAAAAAUCAAGCCAAAUCUAACAAAACCACAGUUGCCUACUAUUCAAAGCAAUGAUUUAACUCCGAUGACUUUGGAACCAGCACCAGCAUUCAUGACUACUGAGAACUCUAACGAUGGAGCAGCCCCAGCUACUGAAGUGCCUGUUCCAUUCACAAAAUUACGUAAGACUUCUGGUAAGAUCAAACUUAAUCUCUCCAAACAACCUUCUUCAGGCAGCAACAAUGUCGGUAGUAACAAUUCAGGAAGUUUUUUCAAGAACAAGGACUCCUCUAGACAUUCUCUACAUACACCGAUGCAAACAUAUCACAACAAUCAUUCAGGUAUUCUAAACGAGUAUACACCUGAUAAUGAAACUAGCAACAACAAUUUCCAAGAUUUGUUUUCGGGUGCAUAUCACAAAUAUAAAGUCUGGAGAAGACAACAAAUGUCCCUGAUCAACAAGCAUGAAAGAACCUUAGCAUUAGACGGUGAUUAUGUGUACAUUGUACCUCCAGAAGGAAAGAUGCAUUGGCAUGAAAAUGUUAAGACUAAAUCUUUCCACAUAAGUCAAGUUAUCCUUGUGAAAAAGUCCAAGAGGGUAGCCGAAUACUUUAAAAUAUACGUUAGAAGAGGUCCCGACGAUAUCAAGCGUUACUACUUUGAGGCCGUAUCAGCACAGGAAUGUACUGAGAUUGUCUCCCGUAUCACAAACCUGCUGAAUGCUUACAAGAUGAAUCAUAAAUAG